AUGGACAAGCGAAACCGAGAUGAUGUAGAUCUCUAUCCUAGUACCCUUUCAACAAGCUACGACAUUGCACAGUUGUGGGAAGUCGAAGGUGAAGUUGAAAAGUUUGCUAAUGAAAAAGAUGAUGCGAAAGAAGAACUGUGUGGUCUUGAAGAACUAGACAACAUCAACAACCCUACGUUCAAAGCUGGCUCAGAGAAAAAUCGAAAGGUGAGUAACCGUUUUGACGAAGAAGGAGUUUUUUCUAUGAACUGUGCGAGACAUGGCGUGCCUAUUCGAUUAUACGAUAUUUAUAAUGGCGAAGGGCGUAAGUACGCACUUGCGGCUAUCAGUCAUCAUAUGAGUUUAUUGGGUAACUCUCAAAAACUAUUAAUUAUGUAUGACAUUAUUUGUCUGUGUAAGGGCAAAUUAGAGUCGUGUAUACCAGGGCUAAAGGAGAGGGCUCCUUUAUAUCUCGUGACAGUGUUCCACACCUAUGCUCAUAGCAUGCACUGUUAA